GACCUUUUCCUCCAUCUCCAUGAGAAGAACAAAAUCAAAGAGAGAAAGAAAGAAGGCUAUUGGCCUCUCCAAUUUCCGGGCGCCGGGAAGAGAAGAAACCCAACCCGACCUCUGAUUCCCCAAUCGCCAUCCCUCCUCCGCCGCCACCCAUGGCGUCUGCGGCCGCCACCUCCGCCCCGCUCCGCCUCCUCUCCUCCUCGCCCCUCUCCAGGCCGCUCCUGUCCAGGCCCCACCUGCUCACCCUCUCCCGCCCCGUCUCCUUCCAGCGCCUCGCCGCCAGGUCCGCCGCCUCCCCGACCCCCUCCACCUCCUCCUCCGCCCCCGACCCCGCCCCCGUCGACCCGGCGCAGCUGCCCCCGGCGCUCAGGGACAUCAUCGCGCUCUUCCAGUCCGUGCCCGACGAGCGCACCCGCUACAAGCAGCUCCUCGCCUACGCCGCCCGCCUGCCGCCCAUGGACCCGGCGCUCAAGUCCGACGCCAACCGCGUCCGGGGCUGCGUCUCCCAGGUCUGGGUCCACGCCGCGCCGGAGGCCGAGGCGCCCGGCUGCGUCAGCUUCCAGGCCGACUCCGACGCGCAGCUCACCAAGGGCCUCGCCGCGCUGCUUGUGCUCGGCCUCUCCGGCGCGCCCGCCAGGGACGUCGUCAUGGUGCCCGUCGAGUUCAUCGAGAUGCUCGGGAUCAGGCAGAGCCUGUCGCCCUCCAGGAACAGCGGCCUGCUCAACAUGAUCAACCUCAUGAAGCUCAAGGCGCUGGAAAUCGCUGCGGACCAGGAGGUGACUGGCGGCCAAGAAAUCCGCCAGGAGCAUACUGAAACGCCUGCCGUGGAGAAGGAAGAGCCUCAGUUUGAGGCUUUCGGUGGGCAAGUGCAUGAGAGUUCGGAGGCGGAGAGGCCUGAGGAGGAGGAAUCCGAGGAGGAACCGGCUGCUGUUGUGGAAGGAAAUGGCAGCCUUGGAGGUGGGAGGAAGGAGAGGAUAAGGGAUAGUUUGGAGAGAGGGCUUUCACCAGUGGAGCUCAAGAUUGAGGACAUUUCGUAUCAACACAGUGGGCAUGCCGGGGUAGCAGGUAGCGAUGGAGAGACGCAUUUCAAUGUGCGGGUGGUGUCCAAGGAGUUUGAGGGGAAGAGCAUGCUCAAGAGACACAGGGCUGUGUAUGAUCUCCUGCAGGAUGAGCUCAAGAGUGGGCUGCACGCGCUGUCCAUCGAUGCAAAGACACCAUCUGAAGUCUAGUUAAAACCAAGAUGGUGUCAUCGACAUAUUGCAUCACU